UUAACCCUUUAACAAACAAUACAAUUUACAUGAUCAACCAUACAACAUUUUUAGCAAACAAUGCUAUUUACAUGAUCUACCAAUGAAAAUAACUGUAUUAUCCUUCAGCUUAUGUAUAAAAUCUUCACAUAGAGAACCUUAAAGUCACCAUCUAGCCUUGAAAUUUGAAAAAUGUCCUUGAUAGCAGAAGCACCAGAUUUUCUCCAAGUCUAUUCUGAUGGUUUGGUGAAACGCUUUGACCCUGAAACUGUCCCUGCAUCUUCCAAACCCUCCAAUGGAUACAAAUCCAAGGAUGUUGUUAUUGACCCAUCAAAACCCAUCACCGGAAGAAUCUUCCUUCCUCAUUUUGAGAAUCAGCAGAACCUCCUCCCGGUCUUGGUUUAUUUCCAUGGUGGCGGUUUUUGCAUUGGCUCCACCACAUGGCUCGGCUACCAUCACUUUCUCGGUGACUUCUCGGUCGCGUCCCAAUCCAUUGUUCUCUCCGUCGACUACCGUUUAGCCCCGGAGCAUCGUCUCCCGGCGGCUUAUGAAGAUUGCUAUGUUGCACUUCAAUGGCUUGCGGAACAAGCAAGCUCUGAGCCUUGGCUUCAGGGUGCUGAUAUUUCAAGGGUGUUUCUCUCUGGGGAGAGUGCUGGGGGUAACAUUGCACACCAUGUGUUUGUGAAAACGACUCAGAGAAAUAAUGAUGUGCUUGUCUUGAAAAUCAAAGGGUUGAUGGUUAUACACCCUUACUUUGGGAGUGAGGAGCGGACUGAGAAAGAGGAGGCUGUGGCUGAUGAUGACAAAGAAUGUGUCGCUAUGAAUGACAUGUUCUGGAGGCUGAGUAUACCGGAAGACUCGAACCGCGACUAUUUUGGGUGUAAUUUUGAGAAACAUGAUGUGGAUGCGAGUGUGUGGUCUCAGUUUCCGGGGAUAGAGGUUUAUGUUGCUGGUAGAGAUUUUCUGAAAGAAAGGGGUGUCAUGUAUGCAGAGUUUUUGAAGAAGAAAGGGGUGAAAGAGGUGAAGCUUGUGGAGGCUAAGGAAGAACCACACAUAUUUCAUAUAUUUUAUCCUCAAUCUGAUGCAACUCGCUUGCUCCAGAGCCAGAUGAGUCAUUUCAUGAAGAGAUACUAAAGACAAUCAUGAUUAAAAUUUGAAUAAUAUGAAAUUCUUUCAUGAUAGGAAAAAAAUUGCCCAAGUAUGAGGCGCAAUGCAGGAUGAUGCUCUGUUAAAUGUAAGAUUAUUAUUAUAUAUGAUGGUUGACAUAAUAAAGUAUGCAGUAAUGAUAUAUACACACCUCAUUUUU